CUGAACUGUGUGUGGAGAGAGGGAGGGAGAGAGACGGAGAGAGGGGGACGAGUGAGCAGGGAACAGCAGCAGGGCUGGAGGCUUCAGCCAUGUCAGUUUUCUCUACAACGCUAGACAGACGAUGAGAAGAGAGGAACCAUGGCCUUGUCACUGAGUGCAGAUGAAGAGGAUUAUGAUUCAGAAUCUGAACAGCAACAGGAAGCCAACCGGCCAAAGCCCAAGAUGGGGACUUCAGCAGCGGUCAAGCUGCCGUCCAAUCGCAGUGCGUCUGGUGCCAGACGCAGGAGAACACGCUGCCGAAAGUGUGAGGCAUGCCUCCGAACCGAGUGUGGAGACUGUCACUUCUGUAAAGACAUGAAGAAGUUUGGAGGACCUGGGCGCAUGAAGCAGUCCUGUAUCAUGAGGCAGUGCAUUGCACCUGUCCUGCCCCACACAGCUGUGUGUGUGGUGUGCGGAGAAGCAGGGAAGGAGGACACAUUGGAGGAGGAGGACAAGUUCAAUGUCAUGCUCAUGGAGUGCUCCAUCUGCAAUGAGAUUGUCCACCCCAACUGCUUAAAGGUGAAGGAUGCUUCUGGCGUGGUGAACGAUGAACUUCCUAACUGUUGGGAAUGUCCCAAAUGCAACUACGCUGGGAAAACCGGAAAAGUCUGCAAGCAAAAAAGGGGACCAGGGUUCAAGUAUGCGUCUAACCUCCCUGGCUCCCUGCUGAAGGAGCAGAAGGCAGUCAAGGAGGAGGGUGAGGUCACAUCUACGUCUACAGCCAAGAGGAAGACUGAGGGGGGUGAUAUCUCAAGACACAGACCUGAGGAAUGGGAGCCCCUCCACAGACACCCCCCUGUCCUGACCCCCAGCACCCUGUCUCGGCCCAGACCUGAGGACAAACUGAGGAAGAAGAGGAAGCUCUUCGACGAUGACGAGGAAGAGGACUUCAGUGUGAGGAAGAAGGGAAAGGCAGAUGAACCUCUGUUCCCCAAACUCCUUCAUCAGAUCAAGACUGAGGAGGAAGACCAGGAGGAGGAAGUGGAUGAGGAGGAGACGGACUCUCUGUUCUGGCGAGGCCUGGAGAGGAGAGAUCGUUUAGGAGAUACCGAGGACUGGGCAGAGGACGGGGAUGGCAAAGACACAAAGACAAACUUUCCAAGGCCUUCUCUCAAAACUCCUGUUCUAGACAGUGACCAGUCUCACUGCAGCUCUCCACAGGCUGGCCCCAGCAGCGAGGGUGGCAGUGAACCCCAGGAGAAGGGCCCACGCCCCAAAGCGCGCCGCAAACGCCGUUUACCCAACAAGGAGCUGAGCAAAGCACUGAACCAGGAGAUCCAAAAGAGUGAGGACUGCCUAGCCAAUGAGAACCGCCAGCCCCUCAAGGUGGAGCCAGAGAGUGAGAAUGAGGAGCCCAAGAGGGGCUUCUGCAUCGGCAGUGACCUGGGAGGGGAGCGCCCCCACCUCCGGACCAAGGAAAUGAACGGCACCCCCUGGGAGCUGCGCCACUUCUACCCCAGCCAGAUCACCCCUCUGGGCUUCAACAGGAGCUCCCCUGGCACCCGGCCCCUGCCCCCACGCUCCCCACCCAAGUGUGUCCAAAUGGAGCGCCACGUAAUCCGGCCACCCCCCAUCAGCCCCCCGCCGGACAGACUGCCCCUGGUGGACGGGAAGACCCAUGCGGUGCAGCGAGAGGUCUGGAUGAAGCUCUUUGGGCACUUCACACACAAGGAGCUGUGUGUCUGCAUGCGUGUCUGCAAGACAUGGAAUAGAUGGUGCUGUGAUAAAAGACUGUGGACCAACAUCGAUCUGAACCGCUGUAAAUCUAUCACUCCCCUCAUGCUGAGUGGCAUCAUCCGCAGACAGCCCCUCUCACUGGACCUCAGCUGGACCAACAUCUCCAAGAAGCAGCUGAGCUGGCUAAUAAACCGUUUACCAGGUCUGCGGGUGUUGCUGCUCUCAGGGUGCUCGUGGGUGGCUGUGUCUGCCCUCUGCACCUCUAGCUGCCCUCUGCUGCGCACCCUGGAUGUGCAGUGGGUGGAAGGGCUCAAAGAUGCCCAGAUGAGGGACCUGCUCUCGCCCCCGACCGAUAAUAGACCAGGUCAGUUGGACAACCGCUGUAAACUGAGGAACAUCCUGGACUUGCGUCUGACUGGACUGGACAUCACAGACGCCUCUCUGCGUCUGAUUAUCAGACAUAUGCCGGUACUUUCACAACUGGACCUGAGCUACUGCAACCACAUCAACGACCAUUCAGUCAACCUGCUGACGGCCGCAGGGACCACAACCAGAGAUUCCCUCACAGAGAUCAACCUGUCAGACAGUCGGACGGGAGGCAGGCAGUUCAUUUCUUUCAUGUCACAAACAUCACACAGUAAUAACAUGCAAGCCUCGGGAUUAGACGCUGUAUUGGCAUGGUGACUCAGAGCAUCAGAGGGACCAAACCAGACAAGUAUUGGAAUUCAACCCUGCAAUAUGGAGAGGAUCUCUCCCUCUGUCAUCACAACAGAACAACCCCCCCUCCCAAAUCACAGACAGGUGUGUCUCACCAGUGGGAGGGGACCACCAUACAUUUUAUUAAAUUCUGGCUAGAAAUUUGAUGAGAAACAGUGGCACACUGCUUACCUUUUUAAUUUUACAUUUUGUUCUAACAAACUUUAUAAAACCAUAGCAUUAGGGUGUAUCAUCAACAAAACCCCAGACUGAUCUACAGUGCAUUCGAAAAGUAUUCAGACCCAUUUACUUUUUCCACAUUUUUUUACUUUACGGCCCAAUUCUAAAAUGGAUUUAAAUCUUUUUUUCCUCAUUGUAAGAAGAAUUCCUCACUACCGGCAGACUGUCAGAACAUCAUCUGUAAGAGUUCUCCAUUUGGGACUGAUACCAGUGUGGGAGAGCUGGUCACUUUUACAGGACUUGUCUACAAGACAAUAAUAUUCAAUCAUCCUAUUGGCAAUAAUUGUUUUGUGUGAGUUUCCUCCUAAUACAGGAUGUGGUAGGAAUCGUAAGGGACAUCAUCAUUACACCUGUUAAUAUUUAUUUUCUAUAACUUUGUUUGAAAUCUAUUUCUUAUUGUAAAAAGUAAAAUAAGUAAAAUAUGCCCUUUGUGUUUUACAGAAAUGCAAUGUGUUUAAUGUAAAUGAUUUUAUGUUUAAUGCUAAUGUUUUUUUAUACUGUCUAUUGUUGUUUUCUAAAAAUACAUUUCAAGUAUAUUUCUUUUUUUAAAUGGUCUAGGGGGGAGUGUAAGAAUAUUUCCAAGAUAAAUACACAACGCAGAGGACAAGAGGUCAAUAGAGUACUCAAGUUCAAGAGGAAUAAAAGUCAGAGUACUAACGAUCCAUGGAAAUAGUGUUUUUUCUGUAAUAGGAGAUUAAUGAUUAAUGGGUCAGAGACAUGGGAGGAAUUUCAGUCCGGGACU